ACAAAGUAAUGCAGGCAAUAAGGACUGCCUUCCAGCCAGUUGUUGAAGGAUGCAGGCUACAGAUUUUGCUGGCAUGCCACACCAAACUAGUUGAGCCAUCACUGACUUCCAAACAGACUUUGAAUGGAGACCUUGUGAAAAAACUGUUUCAUCAGAAGUCAAUUUAUGUCAGACCUGACAAGGUCAUCUUAUGUGAGGACAAUGAAUCAACAUAUUCUGAUGGAGAGAGUAGCCAUACAAGCAGGCAGGAUUUCACAGAAACGUUGAAUUCUGACAAAUGCGUUGAAAUUUCUAAAGAAGUUCCCUCAGCCAUUCCCAUUGUUAACGCACAGUCCAUGUCUGUUGAUGAUGAGGUCAUCUGGUGCGUUGCUACCCAAGAUGUUUGUACUGUUGAAUCUUCCAUCUCUGCUGACACCCUCACAAUGUCCACCAAUCCUGCUGUCGUUGCUACUGAUGAGGAUGAGCCUUACUCCAGUGGAACAUCUGCCUUUGUCAGUGACAACACACCUGGCGUAUCAGUGGGUUCUUCUGCCAGUGUUACUGGUGACACACGUGUCUUCUCUAGUAACACCUCCAGUGUGUCCAAUGGACCUACCCAGCCAAGUUUAUCCAGCACAUCCUACAGUACAUAUCUUGGCCUGUUUGAGGAAGAAUACCUGUCAGAUGACCCGACCUCCAAGAAGCCAUUUCAAGGUCUUUAG